ACAGUUUCACAGAUGUGAACUUCUCACUCUACAUCUGUUUUUACAUUCACCUGCAACAUCAUGAGGAGAAGUCUGGCACCCAGUCAGCUGGCAAAAAAGAAGCAGAGAGAAGAUUCAUCUGAUGAUGAUGAUGAUGACUGGCGGACUGAAAUUACACCUAAAAGAAAGAAAGGAGAGCGAGACUGCAGAGAAAGUUAUAUAUCUCCAUACAGGAAACCUCUGACGCAGCUUACAAACCGACCUGUGUGUGUGGACAGCAACGAACAUGAAGCCUUUAUCCGCAGUAUUCUUUCAAGGCCGUUCAAGAUUCCCAUCCCAAAUUACACAGGUUCAUUAGGGAUACGAGCUCUGGGAUUGAAGCGGGUUGGUGUGAGGAAGUCUCUACAUGAUCCGUUUGAAGACGGCGCUUUGGUUCUGUACGAACCGCCGGCUCUGGGUCCUCAUGACGUCAUCAAAGCAGACAAGGAUAAGAUGCCUGUACAUGUUGUGGUGGAUCCGGUGCUCAGUAAAGUCCUACGACCACAUCAGAGAGAGGGUGUGAAGUUUUUGUGGGAGUGCGUGACGGGGCGACGCAUCCCCGACUCGUACGGCUGCAUCAUGGCAGACGAGAUGGGGCUGGGAAAGACGUUGCAGUGCAUCACGCUCGUGUGGACGCUGCUCAGACAAAGCCCUGAUUUCAAACCAGAGAUCGACAAGGCCAUCGUGGUUUCUCCUUCUAGCCUUGUUAGGAACUGGUACAACGAAGUGGCCAAGUGGCUCGGAGGACGUGUGCACCCUGUGGCUAUCGACGGUGGAUCCAAAAACGAGAUCGACCGCAAGCUUGUGAACUUCAUUUCCCAGCAAGGCCUGAGAGUUCCCACUCCCAUCCUGAUCAUUUCAUAUGAGACGUUUCGUCUCCACUCUGAAGUCCUGCACAAAGGAAAAGUCGGAUUGGUCAUUUGUGACGAGGGUCACAGGCUGAAAAACUCUGAUAAUCAGACGUACCAGGCUCUGAAUGCCAUGAAUGCCCAGCGGAGAGUCCUGAUCUCUGGCACGCCCAUUCAGAACGACCUGCUGGAGUACUUCAGCCUGGUGCACUUCGUCAAUGCAGGAAUCCUCGGAACAGCUCAGGAAUUCAAGAAACGUUUUGAGAUACCCAUCCUGAAGGGUCGAGACGCAGACGCUAGUGAUAAAGAUCGUGCUGUCGGGGAGGAGAAGCUCAAAGAGCUCAUCAGCAUCGUAAACAGGUGUUUGAUCAGGAGGACGUCGGAUAUUCUGUCCAAGUAUCUACCUGUGAAGAUCGAGCAAGUGGUGUGCUGCAGGCUGACUCCUCUGCAGAAGGAGCUCUAUAAGCUUUUCCUGAAGCAGGCCAAGCCAGUCGAGACUCUGCAGCAGCAGCAAGGAAAGAUCAGCGUUUCCUCUCUGUCCUCCAUCACCUCUCUCAAGAAACUCUGUAACCACCCGUCUCUGAUCUAUGAGAAGUGUGUGGUGGGAGAUGAAGGAUUUGCUGGAGCGAUGGAGCUUUUUCCACCAGGUUACUCCACUAAAGGAGUUGAACCGCAGCUCUCAGGUAAAAUGUUGGUGCUGGACUAUAUUCUGGCCAUGACCAGGACGACGACCAGCGAUAAAGUGGUGCUGGUGUCCAACUACACCCAAACUCUGGAUCUGUUCGAGAAACUGUGUCGAGCUCGCAAAUACCUGUAUGUGAGACUGGAUGGAACCAUGUCCAUCAAGAAGAGAGCCAAAAUUGUUGAAAGAUUUAACAGUCCGUCUAACCCAGAGUUUAUCUUCAUGUUGAGCAGUAAGGCUGGCGGCUGUGGCCUUAACCUGAUCGGUGCAAAUCGGCUGGUGAUGUUCGAUCCGGAUUGGAAUCCGGCCAACGAUGAGCAGGCGAUGGCACGAGUGUGGCGCGAUGGACAGAGAAAAACCUGCUACAUCUACAGACUGUUGUCGACGGGGACUAUAGAGGAGAAGAUUCUGCAGAGGCAGGCCCAUAAGAAAGCUCUAAGCAGCUGCGUGGUGGAUGAGGAGCAGGACGUGGAGAGACAUUUUUCUCUGGAGGAACUGAAGGAGCUCUUCACUCUCAAUGAGGACACACUUAGUGAUACACACGACAGGUUUCGAUGUCAGAGAUGUGUAAACGGGCGUCAGGUCCGCCCCCCUCCUGAGGAUUCGGAUUGCACCAGCAAUCUGUCCUGUUGGCAGCACUCCGCUGAUAAACGAGGACUGAAUGAUGCUGUACUUCAGGCUUCCUGGGAUAAAGCCGUGUCCUUCGUCUUUCACCAGAACUCUCACCACGAUCAGAGAGGUGUCGUCUAGGUGUCUAACCCUUUCAAAAUAGUACAAAAGGAUAAAACACAACCCAGAAGCUAUAAAGCUAACGUACUCCGUCACUGGAGAAUCCAGAGCUGCUGUGGUGAGAAAGUGAAAUCAGAGGAACAUUGAAAGCUGUUUCUUUAUUAACAUUUAUUUUGUCUACCUUUAUUUAUUGUUUAAAUAUAUUAUAAUGCUGAUUAAAAGCCUGUGAUAUUG